AAACACCUCACCACAGUUCUUGUUUGAACGUUGUGAGCUAAAGAAGUAAGAAAAAGAGCAGCUCAACAAAGUCAUUUCACUUUGUUUCUUGUCCGUCCCUUCAUAGACCCCCACCACCCCCAUCCCCAACAUCGCUAUGGAGUCGACGGACAACGAGACGACGUCGCCAAUUCUUUCCGUGUUCGACUCCGCGUCCAACUUGUCCAGUGAAAAUGUGAGCGCAACGGAAGGGCUGGCCGAGUCGCCAAACGUGACGGCCAGCUUCACCUUCGCGCUGAAAUGUUUGGAUUUCUUCAACUUUUACUACCUGGCCGUCAUCAUCAUCUUCGGCAUGGUGGGCAACACUCUCAACUUCCUAGUGUUCACGCGGACCCAUCUCAAGCUGCGCAGUUCCAGCUACUACCUGGCCGCCCUGGCCCUGGCCGACCUGGGCUUCCUACUGACUCUGCUGGUCGUCUGGUUGAAUCACGUGGGAGUCGAUCUGUUUAAUCGACAGGGAUUCUGCCAGGCCCUCGUCUACACCAGCAGCGUCUGCUCGUGUCUCAGCGUUUGGCUGACGGUGGCGUUCACCAUCGAGCGCCUGAUAGCCGUCCAGUAUCCACUCCAGCGUCCGUACAUGUGCACGGUACGACGGGCCAAGAUCAUCAUCUCCGUCCUGACGCUCACCACUCUCACCAGUCACGUCUACUCGCUGUUUACGGCCGGAAUCACCGACGUAAACGGGCCGGAUGGCAAAUCCAUUUGCGACUUACUGCCGGCCUAUUACCGAUUCAUGCACGUCGUCAACCUCCUGGACACGGUCCUGACGCUAGUCAUCCCUUUCAUCCUCAUCGUCGUCAUGAACACCCUCAUCGCAAAGAACCUCAUCGUCUUCAGCCGGACGUUCAACCGGAAAAAGUCGAGAUCAAACAACUCGUCGGCCCAGCACAUUCAAAUGAAAACGAUCCGGAUGGCGGAGCACUGGCAGGAGCGUGACAGCGGUCAGGGAUCCGUGUCCAAUCCAUCGCAUCACAGCAACAACAACAGCAACGGCAAUUUGCACGCUCAACAGCUCGGCAACUUGAUCCCGGAGCCGGCGUCAACCAGCGUCGGCAGCCCGAUAGACAGAUCGUCGACCAAUGCCGUGAUCAAUGCCGCCGUAGUCUUGUCCGGCGGAUGUGCUUCCGUCAACAAAGUCACGGCUAAUCAGGCCGCCAGCAUCCAUCAACAACCCAUUCAACUUCACGAACCCAACAGUCACGACGGUCAAAUCUGCACCCAAGAGAAACUACAAUACCGAAACAUCUUGUCCAUACGAAUCCAGUACUCGAUAACCAAAAUGCUGUUACUCAUCUCGACCGUUUUCAUCAUGCUUAACCUGCCCAGUUACGUCAUUCGGCUACAAGUGUUUAUCGGUGAAGUUUCCGGUUCCAAUUCGGAAGUGAGUUCCACUGCCUGGCUACUCCAGCAAUUCUUUAUGCUGCUCUACUACACCAACUUCUCCAUCAACUUUCUACUCUAUUCCACCUGCGGCACCACUUUCCGGCACUGUCUGUGCCGAUUGAUACGAGACAAAAGAGACGCCAUGCGACGCUCCAUCAUCGGCAUACGAUAUCGCUACACGGGUUCCAAUCAGCAGCCGUAUCCGUGAUGACUAUAGAGAAAGAAAGAAAGCAAAAAGGACAAUAUGUGACGGAGGCGCGGUUGGCAACAACUUUAGACGGAGUGGAUAGAUGUUGUGCAACAGUCUCUGCGCGGAAGCCAGACUUCGCAUCGCUUCCGGUCGAAUGUUUCUAUUUCUACGCUAUAAAGACACAAACAGUUAAAAACAAAAAACAAAAAAAAACUUUUCUUUUAUAUUUCUUUUCCUCUUGGUUUGCUAUAUCGAUCCAUUGAAUAGGUUCACUGGGUUUAACCCACGCACAUUCAAAGUUUUCCCUGUGAAUUUUGUUUCGAGAGAUUCCGAAAAUUUGUUCAAAUAUCGGAAAAUCUAGAAAAGAUGAAAAGCCACACAUGUGAUAUGUAUUUUCUUUUUCAUUUCAACCAGACUGACCUUAACAAGUAGAAGGUUAACUUAUAUUUAAAAAACAAAGUUAAAUGUCAUCAUUUUCCUGCCAAAGCAACUGCAGUUAAGUUUCAAACAUGCCCGUUGUUAAAAAACAAAACCCCUCCCAAAAUGUAUUAUUCUCCUACAUACGAAAUGUUCCUAUGUUAAUUAUAUACAUGGAUUUUCACAUGGUUGCUAUCAACCAAAAAACUCUUCCUGCUGUGGUAGAAUGUUGAUUUCUUUAGAUUAAAAAAAGGUAAAAAAAAGAAUUGAGGGAGCGGCAAGGUAGUCGAGUUUGGAAUACAAAGAAAAUGAAAACAAAGACCACAGCACAGCCGGGACGGUCGAGCACAAACAAACAACCAGCCAACAUACUACACCAUUCCGUGAAGACCGUCGGCGGUUAUAAAUAUUUUUGUCCUUUUGUUUUUUCAAACCCUUGUACUCUGCUACCCCUCUUGCCGUCAUCAGUCGUAAACACUUUGUAUUCCUAUACAUCAUCAACGCUGAUUGUAUAACAAAAGCGUGAUCUUAAGUGUCCGAGUCCAUUUCAAUUUCAAAUUCGUGCCCCCCCCAACCCUUUUAUUCAUGCCAAUAUGUGUUUAAAAGAAAUUAACACAACAGAUUUAAAAAAAAACAAACACGGACGUCGAUAAUUCAUUGAUGUACAGCUCAGCCCUGUCAACUAAUAUUUAAACGGCUUCAUUGUUGCAUAAAUCCUCACACAAAUAUUACCCGUGAAAUAUA